AUGAAACUAACAAUUGUAUUGAUGAUAUCCUUUGCUUUUUGUAUCUCUGAUCCGAUAAAAGUCAAGAUAGUCUCUAAGGUAGACCCAAAGAAAUAUCUGUCUCUGUUUAGCGGAGAAGUAAGGCUUGCAACCAAGAAAAAAAUAAAAGAUAAUAAGGGAUGCUCAAAGUUCAUUGUCGACGAGGUCCGAACAGAGAUAUUGCAGGGGAAUAGGCGUUUAUGUAGAAAAUUUGGAUUUUCAAAAGUCAUGUCGUGUAACCAUGAAAGUAAGAAUUCGAUAUGGGAAGUUAUUAUUAGCAAAGGAUCCAGAUUUGUAAGUUUCAAAAUGGAGGGGGAAAAUCAAUGUCUUACAGCUAAUGGGCCAGAAUCUGCAGAUCUCUUAGGAGAUAUUCUAAGUAUGGGGGAAUGCGACGAUGGUCUGGAUACCCAAAAGUUUUGGAUUAAGUUGAUAGUCGAUAGAAAAGCGAAAGCUACAUAG